AUGUCCGAUUCGUUCAACCUCCCUCUUCGUCCCCUGACUGAGAAGCGCGAACGUCCAGAUCCGCUUCCCGUGGAGAUUGCUCAGAUUAAUGCCCAGUAUGGUUCCUUUCGCGAUGUCACUGAGGACAGCCUCCGGGCCAAGAUCGAAGCCGACAAAAACAAAGAUCCAUGGUCCGACGAAGAGGAAAACGACAACGCAUCUGCCGAUGAGGAUACGACGGAGCGUCUAGAUCAGCUGUAUAAGCGUCGGGCGGCCAUUGCCCAAUUCGCCCACCAGGCCCACAUGGAAGCCAUGUUCGCCCUCGACUUUGUCUCCCUUUUGCUUUCAAAGCAUACUCCUCGGCAAGCCGAAAUGUCCAUGUCCGCAUACCUGAAACAAGUUGCGCCCCUCGGAUCGCUAAAUUCGGAAAUUGUCAAUCCCCCGCCGAAGCCCGAGUCAGCGGCUAGAGACACCAAGAACGUUUCGCGUGGGUGGAGGCUGCAAAACUUUAACGCAGCGGCGAGCAAAUUACUUGACUCCGCGACCAGACUCGAAAGCGAAGUCGCCUCGGAGACCAAGUAUUGGAAUGAAGUGCUGGCGGUGAAGGAAAAGGGAUGGAAGGUGUCUAGGCUACCCCGGGAAAGACAGGCCCUUGGGGUACAAUAUGGCUUUUUAGAAGCUACACCAAUCUUCCGUGACCGGGGCUUGGCGGCUCUGCGACGGACCAACGACGGAAGCUUGAUACUAGACAAAGGUUUAAUUCCACUCAAGGCGCGGACCGUGCGCGUGCGUGUGAGGAGUCGUGGCCAAAUCACAGGGUGCUCGAAACACCGACUGGCUUUGGAUAACACCGAGUCAGUUGAGAGUCGUAUCCUGCAGGCGCGUGAUACCGUAUACGAAGAGGAACUGUUUCAUGAGCUGGUACGUGAGGCAAGAGUACUGGGUAGCCAGGGGGUCACGACGCGCCAGAACCUAGUUCAGUUCCCAGUGUCGGAGGAGCAAGAGGUCUUGCUGGAUCUUAUCGAUGACGAUCAGAUGUCGCCCGGGGAUGAAGCAGUGUCUGAUGAGCAUACCGUGGUGGCAGACGCCCUUGGCCAUGCAAUCCGUAUCCUGCUCGCCUACGCCCAUCGCCAAAAUCUACGCCGAAGGACACAGCUUCCAAUUCCAUUAACCCCCAAGCGCCGCCAAACCCCGGAAUACCAGCUCCUCCGGCCAGUAAUGGCAUAUUUGCAGCAUAGCUCACAUGUGCGAUGGUUGGAGUCGUUGUUGAACGAUAUAAACCAAAUUUUGAAGUCUGCUGGGAUCCCGUGUGAUUUUACAGCGACUCCCUUCUCGUCUCUCAGUUUCCAGCGUACCGUCAAUGGGCUUCCAAAGGUAGAGGCUCUGGUCCAAGACCUCUUGUUGCCCUACGAGUCGACCUUUUCUGCGCAACUCGUCACCCCUCAAAGCUCAUUCCGGGUCAAGGUUCGCACCAACGUCACAACACCACCGCUCGGCACUCACUACGAAAUUUCAGUCAACAUGCCUCAAUAUCCUGAUGUCCGCCCUCCGAACCGCAUCGGCUUGCAGGAUGAGGUAGCCUCUGUACUCACGCAUUUUGUGCUGCUGGACAUCCUUACGGCCAUCACUCACGCCAAGGGCUUAUCCGCAAAUGGCGUCAAGCAAGAGACAGGCCGCCUGUUGACUUGGCAAGCAGCGUAUCCACAUAAUGGCGAGUUACUCGCCCUCUCCAGCGCCGGCCAGUACAAGAAAAUGAAAGUGAGCUUAUCGCGGCAUGAGCUAACCGUGCGAACAUACUCCCUGCGGGGCAUUGAUGGGUUUGGCAAACCGGCUGCGGACAAAACGCCGGCCAUGCGCUCGCAGACAUGGAAGUCCGAUGGCACUCCCGGCCAGCCUAGCCUGAUGGGCUUUAUCACUGAAGUAUCCAAGGAGUAA